AUGUAUAUGUUAUCUUGUAGACCAAGUUUAUUCUCUUUUGUGAUUCUUCUUUGGAUCCUUUUAUUCUCGUUCAAACCGGAUCUCUCAAUGCAAAACCAAAAAAUCUUUCACAUUUAAUGUCUUGUGAUCUUUCAAUCCAUCCAUUGAUCAAACUUUAGUAAUCCUCAAAGGGAUUCCAUGGUUCCUAAUAAUAAUAAUAAUAUUAAUAAUAAUAAUAAUAUGUGUGAGAAAAUCCAAAGAUGUGGAGAGUAUAUGAAAGCUUUGGAAUCAGAAAGAAGAAAGAUUCAAGUGUUCCAACGGGAACUUCCUCUUUGUCUUCAGUUGGUUAAUCAAGCGAUUGAAGGAUGCAAACAGCAAAUGUGUGGAACGACGGUGGAUUAUUUGAAUGGUGAAUCGGAGUGUUCGGAGCGGACGUCAAGUGAUGGGCCGGUUUUGGAAGAAUUUAUUCCGAUGAAAAGGAAUAUAUGUGUGGAUGAAGAAGAAGAUGAUGGUCAAGAACAACCACAGUUAUAUCAUACACCUAAUAAUAUUGUUUCUAGUAAAUUAGAUAAAGCAUCAUCUUCUUCUUCCAAAAAAGCAGAUUGGCUUAGAUCUGCUCAACUCUCUAUUCAAACCCCAGAUCCAGUGGAGUCAUCACCAAAAAGGGUUCCGGUGGUGGAGGUAAAGAGAAAUGGAUGUGGUGCUUUUCAUCCAUUCAAAAAAGAGAAAUGCUCCGGCGCAACUCCGGUGACUGGGACCGCUAAAUUAUCAGCAGAUCCCACUGCUGACGCUAGUUCCACGGCGGAGACAGGCAGUGGUGGUGGCGGAAGCAAGGGUGACGACAAAGGUCAAUCGAAUAGGAAAGCGAGGAGGUGUUGGUCGCCGGAGUUGCAUCGGCGCUUCCUUCAUGCUCUUCAACAACUCGGCGGCGCUCAUGUUGCUACACCUAAACAAAUUCGGGAAUUAAUGAAGGUUGAUGGACUAACAAAUGAUGAAGUAAAAAGCCAUUUACAGAAAUAUCGUUUGCAUACAAGGAGGCCAAGUCCUACAACCCAUAACAACAACCAACAAACACCUCAAUUUGUGGUGGUCGGAGGAUUAUGGAUGCCACCACCGGAAUAUGCCACCAUGGCAGCUACCUCGACCCCAACCUCGGGUGAUACCAACAAUUCCAAAGGGGUAUAUGCCCCGAUUGCUUCUCAUCCGCCACCAGCAACAGAGGCAUCCAUAUCACUAAACAAAAGCGACUCUGGUGAAAAAGACGGUGGUCGUAGCCACGAUGAUUCACCGUCAACUUCCUCAUCCACUCACACCACCACGGCAUCACCGUUGUUUUGAGUUUUGAUAUUCCUACGAGGGGAUAUUACUCUAAUUUGUGUGUAACAUUUUUCGCAACGAUGGCUUUUGGUUGUUUAUGUAGCCUUGUUCGUUGGUUGAAUAUUGUAGAGGUAUAGGAAAAUGUAGAGUUACAAUUAAUGGUUGCAUGACUCGUUCAAAGUUACUAUUAAUGGGUGUGAAUAAUGGCAAUGUACAUGAAUUGUGCUCACUCAAAA